CAGUUUCAUACAUGGACUUACAUCAUCCCUAUAAAAAAAUGAAUAAGCGGGGUUUCAUGCGCUACUCAAAGUAUUACCUUCGUAAAUCAAAAGGCGAUCUGAUAUUUUCCCGCUUUUAGACUCGGAAGUCAUUUAUACCUGUCAAACUGGGUGUUUGCCGUUAAUUUUUCCUGCUUUUUUCCAUUGUCUUUUUUUGUUUAUUUGUUUAUUGUUCAAUCCUUAUACCUUUUUCUUUUUCUUGCUUCUUUUGUUUCUCCUUCAAAUAUUUUCUUCAUGUUAGAACCGCUCCAAACAGAUCUUCAAGAUUUAUCCAUCAAAGAUCCUGUCUUGACCACUACUCCCCACGGGCAAAAGCGACUUCAGGACAUCCUAUCAUCUCCAAAGUUACUCGCUGCUUUCGAAACUUAUUUGCAACAUGCUCAAGCCCACGAAAAUCUUCUCCCUAUUCCAACUACGAUACGAAAAAAACCACCGCAAUCUCGAAGUGGUUAUCCAUAGAUUGUGGAGAACCUUUAUCGCUCUCGGUGCACCUCUAGAACUCAAUAUCACCAAUCGGGAAGAAAUUGGCGCCGCGAUCCAGGCCCACAAGUGGGAUAUCGUGUCAAAUCAGUGUGCACUUGAUAUCUUUCAUGAUGCCGAACUACAAGUCCGAGCUAUCCUUGAACAAAAAGUGGCCGAAUUUGAUGCCAUGUGCCUUAAAUCCUUACUUGAUCCAUCCUACCCUCGUCAAAAUCAAAAGCGUGUCGCCAUUAUUGGUGGUGGAUUUACGGGAUUUACGAUUGCUUCCAUUCUGGAUCCCAUGCCCCGUUUCCAUGUCACUCUCAUUGACACAAAGGAUUCAUUUGAAUACAGUCCAGGAAUGAUCAAGAUGUUGGUCCGUCCAGAAGAGACUUCGUCUCUGCGCGUGCGGCAUGGCUCGUAUGUCAAAAACGGGCGCGUGAUCAUCGGUUAUGCCGAAAAAAUCGUAAACGAUGCGACGGCUGUCAAAGUGAACGAUGAACUGAUACCAUUUGAUUAUCUCGUGAUUGCUACCGGAAGCACCUACAAAUCAAAGUUGAAAUCGUUUGAUGUAUCCGCUCUCUAUCGAAUGUCGGAUCUGGCAGCAGAGCACAUCGAAUUGAAGAAAGCAAACAGUGUGCUGAUCAUUGGGGGCGGUCUUGUGGGCUGUGAACUUGCAAGUGAGAUUGCAUUGCAUACAUUUUCUGCACCUUACCGGCAGAAGAAGCGUGUCACUUUGGUCGAAUCACAUUCCACCCUUGUGCGCCGAAGUUCUGAUAAGCGUCGUAUCAAUGCUUACGAAUACCUCACCAAAUUGGGCGUAGAAGUCGUAUGCAACGAAAAAAUCGUUGAUUUCGACAGCUGCGACAUGAACACAUACCUUGGUUCGAGCGGCCGUACCUAUCGCGGCUACGAUAAAGUAUACCUUGCCACAGGCACCACCCCUAGUAGUCAACUUUUGCAAGGCGAUGGCGAUGUAGGUUUUGAAGCCUGCGUGGACCAUUGGAGCCGGAUUCGCGUGAAACCCACGCUUCAGUUGGAUCAUUGGAAAUAUAAACACAUUUUCGCUGGUGGCGAUGUGACCAAUAUCAAUGAAGAAAAAACCGGCUAUGCCGCCACCUUGGCCGGUGUAUGUAUUGCACGCAAUAUCUGUCGUAUGGAGAAAGGAAAGCAACCCUUACGUCAAGGUACCAAAGGCACUAUAUCAGCGCCGGUAAAACCGCUUCACGGUCAAAGUUCGCAAGGCGGUAUUGGUCGUCAACAACUUGGCAACUUGAAAAGAACCUUUGCUUUUCUGAAUCCGAACUGGGCUGCUUUAAAGGUCUUUGAUGAACAACAGUUUUUACGUAUUGUGCAAGGCGAGGCUGUAGCCAGUACAUUGGCUGUCGGUCGUUUGCCGUCGCGUUUGGAUGUUACUUCCAAACCUAGAGGACGAUCCAUGUCUCGAGACCAAGGGCAAGCAAUGAAUCGCAGAGACUUCUUUUCACAGCCAUCUCCUGCUGCCAAUAUGUCUGGCUCGGAUAUUUUGUCAUCUUCACAAAUCAGUGGUAGUGGUGGUGGUGCAGAGAGUGUACGAAGUUACUUAUUCAGCCACAAACCUUACAACAUUGAACUGUCCUUUGAACCGAUUGCGGAAAACUGCAAUUUCCGGCGAAACGAACAGGGUCACCAGUCCAUGGAGCAUCUCAGUUGCAGCAGCGAAGACGAUACUCCUACACAAAACAGUGAUUCCCCGAAUUCGUCCAUUAUCACUAUUCCAGAUACUCAUGCGAAACCGUUGCGUCACAUGGGAUCGACUUCUUCCAUGGUCGAUAAAGCCAUCAUGAGCGAAUACCGAAGACGAAAGGGUGUCGCCUAAGGAAAAUGACGUGCGUUUGGCCUUGGUUCGCACCUUUUUUUUUUCUGUUUAUCCUUUUUUUUAUUUUAUUUUAUUUUAUUUAAACUUGCGUUCAAUUUUUUGGUCUCUCGUUGCCGACAUAUUUGUAUAUUUU